AUGGAUAUCCCACUAUAUGAGAACAAAUGGGUAUAUGAUGCUGAAUAUGACAUUUCCGAGAGUGGUUUUAGGGAUGAAAUUUCUUUUCGUGAUGAUUACUUUGAGUUGAAGAGUUCUGAAAUUUUCAAUAUCCCAGUUGACUGGGGAAGGCCAGAUGCUUCCAGAUCGCUUCGUCCAGUUUAUUUUGGAAAAUGUUUGGCAAAGGUGAUUACUGCUUGGCCUGGUAGCUAA